AUGAGGAAGCUGCUUCUGGUCUGCGCCGUAUUUAUGGCGAUGAUUGUUACAGGUGAGGCCCUGACCUGUCGAACCUGCAGAGUGGGGAUCCUAGGAAAAUGUAUGUUCGGCUCCACGGCAACCUGCAGUGACUCUGAGCCUAACUGCUACCGCGGAAACCUGGCCUUCAACGUCAGCAGUCUGAUGACGCUGCAGACUCGAGGCUGCCUGGCCUCGUCUCUCUGCAACCAGACUGAAGUGGGAUCUCUCCUGACCGUCGGAUACACUGUAACCAAGACAUGCUGCAGCACCGACCUCUGUAACGGAGCCUCGUCCAUCCAGCUCCCUCCCUCUGCUGCUUUGGCCGCCGCCCUAAUGGUUGUUUGGAGCAACUGCCUCCUUUAA